UUCAGGAUACGUAGUCGAAUAUGAGUGAAAAGCGCAGCCGCUGCAUGGAUAGUGGAGAGAGCUGAAAAGCAGUCUGUGGUUGAAACGUGGCGUUUGGUGGUCCAAAAGAGGCAAGCUUGAAGUAAAACAGCUCACCGGUGCAGAACUUGUUAAAAUACGACAUCAUGACUGACAGAAAGGCCGUGAUCAAGAAUGCUGACAUGACUGAGGACAUGCAGCAAGAUGCUGUGGAUUGUGCCACACAGGCCAUGGAGAAGUACAACAUUGAGAAAGACAUUGCUGCCUACAUCAAAAAGGAGUUUGAUAAGAAGUACAACCCCACGUGGCAUUGCAUUGUGGGACGGAACUUUGGCAGCUACGUGACGCACGAAACGAAGCACUUCAUCUACUUCUAUCUUGGUCAAGUUGCCAUCCUGCUCUUCAAGUCAGGCUGAGAAAGGCUUUCCAUCGCACAAAUCCUGAGCUUAAGCUCCAAACCUGGACUGUGAUGCACUGAUGCCAACACAUACAUACACACACACACACACACACACACACACACACAUACAUAUAUAAAUGCGUGUAAACCUAAUCAUACACUUGCUCACCCUGAGAAAAUGGCUAUGGAGGCUGUGCAUAAGUGCAUGGACCGUGUACAAUAUUUAAUUUGUAUAUGUUGCUUUCCUGUAGUUGCUGUUGAGUUAAAGCAACUUUUUUGCCGAGUAUUUUUGCAAAGUUGAAUUUUGUUUUUGCACUAAAGUUGUAUAAACUGCUUUAACUGAUGCAUUUAAGUAAUAAUAAUAAAGAAUAAUACACCAUA